GGUGCGGUCAUUGUCCCGUCGGAGCGACGCGGGGCCCUGUUGGCCCUCCAGGCCCAUCAUCCCGGAGGGAUGGCCACUCAGCUGCUGACUGACGAGGCCCUGGAGUCAGUGACAUUCAGGGACGUGACUGUGGACUUCACGCAGGAGGAGUGGCAGCAGCUGGAGCCUGCCCAGAAGGACCUGUACAGGGACGUGAUGCUGGAGAACUACAGGAACCUGGUCUCACUGGACUGGCAGACUAGACCUGAAAUGAAAGAGUCGCAUCCAAAGGAUGACAUUUCGGAAAACAAAACAUCCACCAGGGUGGCCACGGGGGAACCCGUGAGGACUGGAGCCUGGGGUCCCGCCGUAGGAGGAGCGUGGAGACCGGGCAGCUGGCCGGAGGGGCAGCAUGGGGAUGCUCGGACUGGGCGGGAGGGGCUGGGAAUUCCUCAAGGGAGCAGACUCCCUGGGGAGCCAGGCCCCGAAUGCGGAGAACGGAAGGGAUUUACUAACCAAAGCCCUACCCUGGUCCCACCGAGGCUGGACGAGCCCACGGAAAAGGGGGCCUGUCCGCUUGCAAGGCCUGGGAAGAACUCCAGCACUUCGGAGCUCGGCAAGCCUCCGGUGCCCUACGUGGAAAAGAAACCCUUCGACUGCAGCGAGUGUGGCAAGGCAUUCAGCCGAAGCUCUUCCCUGAUAAAACACCAAAGGAUUCACACAGGAGAGAAGCCCUUCGAGUGCAACACCUGCGGGAAGCACUUCAUCGAGCGGUCGUCCCUCACGAUCCACCAGCGGGUACACACGGGGGAGAAGCCCUAUGCGUGUGGGGACUGCGGGAAGGCCUUUAGCCAGCGCAUGAACCUCACUGUGCACCAGCGCACGCACACGGGCGAGAAGCCCUACGUGUGCGACGUGUGCGGCAAGGCCUUCCGGAAGACCUCGUCGCUUACCCAGCACGAGCGCAUCCACACCGGGGAGAAGCCCUACGCGUGCGGGGACUGCGGCAAAGCCUUCAGCCAGAACAUGCACCUGAUUGUGCACCAGCGCACACACACCGGGGAGAAGCCGUACGUGUGCCCCGAAUGUGGGCGGGCCUUCAGCCAGAACAUGCACCUGACCGAGCACCAGCGCACGCACACGGGCGAGAAGCCCUACGCCUGCAAGGACUGUGGCAAGGCCUUCAACAAGAGCUCCUCCCUCACCCUGCACCAGCGGAACCACACGGGCGAGAAGCCCUACGUGUGCAACGCGUGUGGCAAGGCCUUCAGCCAGAGCUCCUACCUCAUCCAGCACCAGCGCUUCCACAUCGGGGUGAAGCCCUUCGAGUGCAACGAGUGCGGCAAGGCCUUCAGCAAGAACUCCUCCCUCACGCAGCACCAGCGCAUCCACACCGGGGAGAAGCCCUACGAGUGUUAUAUCUGCAAGAAGCACUUCACGGGGCGCUCGUCCCUUAUCGUACACCAGAUCGUGCACACCGGGGAGAAGCCGUACAAGUGUGGCGAGUGCGGCAAGGCCUUCAGCCAGAGCGCGUACCUCAUCGAGCACCAGCGCAUCCACACCGGGGAGAAGCCCUACAGGUGCGGCCAGUGCGGGAAGUCCUUCAUCAAGAACUCCUCACUGACGGUCCACCAGCGCAUCCACACCGGCGAAAAGCCGUACAGGUGCGGCGAGUGCGGGAAGACCUUUAGCCGGAACACGAACCUGACGCGGCACCUGAGGAUCCAUACCUGAGCGCCUCCGCGGGGUCGAGCCCGGGAGGGCGGGAUGCUUUCUCGGGGCGGUGGGGGAGGCGUUCUUCCCACGGAGCACGGGGGCACUCUGGGCGGAGGGGGCUUAGCAGUGUGGGAUUUGCAGAGAGGCUUCUGCUUCACACGUGCUCCUCCACGCAAAGCGUCAGAGCAAGCCCCUCAGUCUUCCUUAUUUGGGGACGUUUUAAAGGCUUACUGUCCGCUGAGCCUGGGUUACUGGUAAGGGGAGCUCAACCGUAGGCCAUCAGGGCUCAGACCCGGCUGUCUGAGUAAAUUGUCCUAAGAGCUUGGGCCUGUGGGGCGAUGCCUCUGGGCCUCAUUUCCUCAGUAGUGGAGUGGAGGUGGCAGGGGUGUGGGGAGGUGGACUCAGAUGGGCACUGGGACGUUUCUCCCUUUGUGGUGUGCCCUGGAGCCCAGGUGUAGUUUGUCACCAUCUGUGAGUUUCCUGGGUGGGUUAAGAGCAUGAGGGGCUUUCUCUCCUGCCCCAGUCUCCCUACAAUACGUGCUGGAAGCCACUAGGCUAGUAAGUGGUAGAAGUUUGCAAGUUGUUUGUGAGGGGAAAAAAAAUUUUUUUUUCAGAGUUAGCAAAUUACAAUACUGCUUCAAAUGCCAAAGUUUCUGAGAGCAGUCUGUUACAUUUUUUUUAAAAUAAAACUUUUAAUUAAGGGA